UUUUCACUCUCCUAAACCUUUUCAUCUUCUUCUUCUUCUCUCCAUCAUCUCCAUUAGGUUAAGCUUCGAUCCAGCAGAAAUGAAGCAGGUUUAAUGGAGGACAAAAAGGCAAAUAUAAUCGCCUUAAUUUCAAUCAUAAUUCUAACCCUUCUCAUCAUCAUCUUCCGCAUCACUUUACAUCUCACCAAAACUUUUUAUUUCAUUACCGGCGCAAGUGGAGCAGCAAUCUUCGCUAUUAUCGUUUUCGUCUUAAUCCGUCACCGUUUCAACUGUCGUCGCCGAUUACUAGAAACCCAAUUCGCUUUACAAGGUAAAGAAUUAAGAAUCGAAUACAGCUUCCUCAGAAAAGUCGCCGGCGUUCCGACCAAAUUCCGGUACCGUGAACUCGAAGAAGCAACCGAUGGAUUCAAAUCUCUCGUCGGCAAAGGAGCUUCCGCUUCAGUUUUCAAAGGAAUCAUGUCCGACGGCAUCGCCGUCGCCGUCAAAAGAAUAGAAGGUGAAGAAAGAGCCGAAAGAGAAUUCAAAUCAGAAGUUUCCGCCAUCGCCAGCGUUCAACAUAGAAACCUCGUACGUCUCCUAGGUUACUGUAUAGUUCCGACCGGCCCACGUUUCCUAGUAUACGAUUUCGUCCCCAACGGAUCUCUUGACAACUGGAUCUUCCCGAAAAACCUAGCCAAAAACCCCACGCGCCGGGGAGGGGUUCUGUCAUGGGAUCUACGACGGCGCGUGGCGUCAGAUGUCGCCAGAGCUUUGUCAUAUCUCCACCAUGAUUGCCGGAAAAAAAUCCUCCAUCUUGAUGUGAAACCGGAGAACAUACUCUUGGACGAUGAUUAUCGUGCCCUGGUUACUGAUUUCGGCUUGUCGAAACUAAUGGGUAGAGAUGAAAGUAGAGUUGUGACAACGGUAAGAGGAACAAGAGGCUAUUUAGCACCGGAAUGGUUGUUAGAACAUGGGGUGUCUGAAAAAACAGAUAUUUAUAGUUAUGGUAUGGUUUUAUUAGAAAUGAUUGGAGGUAGGAGAAAUGUUUGUGUUAUAGAUCAUGGUCCUGAUAAAUCAAUGAGGAAAUUUCAAUAUUUUCCUAAAUUGGUUUGGGAAAGGAAAAGAGCAGGGAAAUUGAUUGAGAUAAUUGAUGAGAGAUUGGAGAUAAGUGAGAUUGAUGAGAUUGAAUUGAAUAGAUUGGUUUGUGUUGCACUUUGGUGUAUUCAAGAGAAUACGAGCUUGAGACCAACAAUGGCGGAUGUUGUUGAAAUGCUUGAAGGACGGUUGCCGGUGGAAGAACCGCCGGAGACACAGAUGAUUGUCGUUGAUUUAUUGUCGAUUGAUCAAGAAGGGAAUGAAAGACGGCGAGGACCGAGAUUGGCGGCGGCGCCGGCGAUGAAUCAGGAAAGUAGGUUGUCUUCUACGUUAUCGUUUGGGUUGUCGGUAAUAACUGGCCGGUAAAUUGGGCCCACCAAUUGUGAUUCAUUUUUUACUUUUUUUAGUUCCGUAUAAUUUACGUUGUGUUUUUAAUGUUUUAUCAUAACAAAAAAUAAAUUGUGAUAAAAUAUUCAAGUCAAUUUGAUGGUGAAAUAUAAAAUAUU